AUGAAGCUUUUCUCUAUCACGACCAUCUUGUACGGCUUGUCCUCCUUGUCCGGCACACUGGCCGCGCAGUCAUUCUCCGCAUCCAAUCUCUACUACGCGGCUGGCUUGACUGAUAGCCAGUCGACCACUCUUCUUUCUGGUUUACAGAGCGCUGGAGUAAAGGUACUGCGUGUAUGGCUUGAUGGUCAGUCGGGAUCUGUGAAAGGAACCCCAAUCGACUCUUUCGACAGUCUUCAAGGAAGUAGUCCAAGUGAUUGGGAUGACACCGUGCUGAACCGCCUCGACACCUUCAUGGUGAAGGCCAACAGCUAUGGUAUCAAACUUCUGAUCUCUAUUCACAGCUACAACGCCCUUGAGGCCGCGAACGACUUCUACGGACAGUGGUAUGGUACUGGUAACUUCUACACCGAUAGCAAUGCGAUUGAGUAUUUUAAGGAACGGAUUGCCCAUGUUCUUGCGCACGUCAACCCUACAAAUGGUAAGACAUGGAGCCAGAGCUCAGAGUACAUCUUUGCGUUUGAGGCUCAGAACGAAGCCAUGCAUGAGCAGGAAAAUCCAAGUGCUUUGACUGCAUGGCAAUGCACCAUGGCACAAGCCAUAAAAGAUAACCUCGCUGGAAACACGGGUAUCUUGGUGACAACCGGAGGCGGUGCCUAUCUUUCAAACUCCCUGCUGGAUCCAUACUUUACUUGCGAUGCGCUUGAUAUACUGGCAAUUCAUGCUUAUGGCACCGGAGAUUUCGAAACAAGCGCCUUACAGCCAUAUGUGACUCGAGCCCAGGAUGCUGGUAAGAAGCUUAUCAUGCAGGAGUGGGGAUCGUGCUACACCGACGCUUCCAACAACAACUGCAACGGUGGCAGCCCGCUCAGCUCGAGUACUCGAAAUGCCAACAUUGGAGAUUGGGCUUCCUCGAUUACUGCUGCUGGUAUCCCCUGGUUCUAUUGGCAGAUCCUGCCAAAUGCGGAUCCGCAUCAGGACUGGGAUUAUGAGGUUGGCAUCGAUGAUGUUAAUUGGGAGGCUUUGAAGGCUGCGGGUCUUGCUGCUGGAAAUGCGGAAGCUGCUUUUGAUUUCUCUGCUUACUUGCUUUGA